GUUGGUGCCCGGUAACGAGGCGACGCGGCGGGGCGCCCCCAGAGCGGGCAUCGGGGCCGGGCUGCACGCGGCCCUCGCGAGGGAAGGCAGAGAGCAUCGGGCGGAAAAAUGGAUUGAAAUUGGUUUUCUUGCAGAUCUUUACAAAAGUUUCCGCCGCGUCCUAGCUGUGCUGCCGUGCGAUGGAUGUGAAGGAGAUCAUCGAUCUCACCCAGGAGGACACAAACUCAGAGCCGCUGCCGUGGAACUACAUCCCCAUCAUUGACCUGACAAAGGAGGACACCUGCAGUCCUCCCCCUACUGCAGACUGUACUGACCAGGACCAGGUGUCUGCUUCCCCCAUCGUACACACGUCCCAUCCCCAGCUUUGCUUCAGCACAAAGCAAGAAGUGGAGACGAGCCCAAAGCUGAUCCCUGCAGCACCCUUACAUGGCUAUCCCACACAGCCCAGUACUGCCACAGGCACAGUAGUAAAAGUGGAGAACAAGAGUGGCUUCUCUCCUGUCUCCAGCCACCGCAGUUCCUUCUGCAGCCUAGAACCAAGCUGCAGCACCAGCACAUAUAACACUGAGUCAGGCUCCCCGGCCAGCACACAGCUGGACCAAGCGCUGUUCUCACCAUCCCUCUCCAUCCUGGACAGCAGUGGCAGCACACGUGGCAUAGAGACUCCCCCUACUUUCCAGCUAAGGAAGCUCCCCCCAGGACUGAGCCCCGCUCCAGCCAGCAUCACUAAGAGCCCACGAAAGGCCAAAGGGACUUUUCUGGAAGCAGGUGGCUCACAGGAAGCAAUUCGACAAGUGACCUCAGGCAGGACUAGGGCUGACACCACUUGGCUAAACAAACUGCGCUAUUUCAGGAGGAGUGGAGUCCAGCACCUCUUCUUUCAUGGUGCAACAUCUGACUGGGAAACACCACAGCGGAAACCCGAGCUCAUCCCCAGCAGUAAGAUGAGCAUGGUACGCACCACCAUGGAAGAGAACUUCCUGGAGGGAACUUUGCAUUUCCUCAGUGACUUCGUCUCCUGCCAGCACUGCCCUCCCAAAGAAACCGUCUCCCAUCUAAUCAGACAGAUCCUGUUGAACUCCCACCAGGAGGAGAUCCUCCAGAACACCUACACAUUGCUGAUGAAGAUCCAAAUGCUCCAUCCAGCCAACACCACCACAGUAGGAUGGGACUGGACGCUGCUGAAAUACACCAUGGAGAGCCAGGAGAAGCUCCCUGGACGACUCCUCUUCCUACAAUAUGUGGUGCAGACCUUGGAGGAUGACUUCCAGCAAAACCUGAGGCUGCACCUGCUACAGAAGUCAAUAAGCAAGAAAGUACUUUCCUGUGAUACAUGCUUCAACAAUGUCAAGGAGGUGGUUGAAUGGUUGGUUGCAUUGGCGACAGGAGCCAGAUUCUUCCAGAUGCAGGAGCAGACACAAGAAAUGACACGCUCAGAAGCAGGAGCUGAACGUAGCUCAUCUACAGCACAGCCAGCCAGCACUGACCAAGCACAGCUGACUCCACCAACAUUGUUCGCCCAGAAGGCAAUGCUCCUCCUCCAGCGCAUGUUGUCCUUUGCAGUGGAAGUGGACAGAUCUCCCAACUGCAGCUCCUGUAAGAUCGCAGAUCUAAUAUUCCCAUUUUUACUGAAUAUUCCCACCAGGAGCCAAAGGGAAGCCCUCUUAAACACCAUGGAGAGCAACCUGCUGCGCUGCAAGCUGCUAGAGAUGAUGUUCCAGCACAGCUGUGAUGUGCCCACAAGCUUGCCCUUAUCUCUGUCCAAGAUCCUCUAUUUUCUAGGCCACUCCUCUGUGCUGCUGCAAUACCAGGAUGAAGUAGCUACAUGGCAAAAAUGGGAUGAGCUGCUGCAGUACUUGAGCUUGCUGCUGCUGAGUUACCAAAAUGUAAUAGCAGAGCACUUAAGGAGCUCACUCAGUGAGCGGGUGGACUUAAUCAUUAAGAAAGCCAAGCCCAAACUCCAAGAUGAUGAUGACAUCAGCCAGCUGGACAUCCACCUGAAGAUAAAGGACUUCCUUAGCCGAAUGCAGCAGAUCCUGGAGGAGCCCUUCCCUGUGCAGAUCAUGGAGAAGGUGUGCAUGCUCAAAAAACUGUUUCUCAUUGUCACUGCUACCUGAUGGAGCCAACCACUGCAGCAGAAAGGAAAGCUAUGAAUUCAAAGACCUGUCUCAUACUGCAGAUUCCCAUGUCAUCUGUCCUGUUGUAUGUUUGG